AGUAUCGAUACUUUGUUGCUCCUAGUGCUUCUAACCUUUCUUUGAUGUUGAGUAUGCAAUUCGGAUCAGAGAUAUUUGAUUAUGAAUUAAGGCAUUUGAUUAUAUUUCAUCAUGAUUAUUUUUAAUAUAAAUUGUACUGACAUUUUACACCGUGAAAACAAUUAAGUUGACCGAUGGCAGUUCUCCUGUUUAUUGGUUAAAUCUGUUGGUUCCCGUUUUGUUUAUUAUUACUGUGGAUGGCAGUAAAUUUGUGUAAAUAAUUUUUCAAAACGUAUUAGAGUAAGAAAUCGACGCAAUGGCGGACGUAAGAGAUAUACUGGAUAUUGAAACUCCGGCAAAUUCGGAACUUACGAAGGAAUAUAUUCUGGGUAACGAUAAAAAGAACCGGAAAAAAUAUGAGUACAAGGUUCCUAAACGACCAGAGGGUAUGCAUCGAGAAGUGUUUGCCCUUCUAUGUAAGGAUAACAACGACGUUCCUCCACUAUUUCCAACCGAUACUGGAAAAGGUUAUAAACAAGCUCGGGCGAAGCUUGGCAUGAGAAAGGUAAGACCAUGGAAAUGGACACCGUUUACGAAUCCAGCUAGAACCGACGGCGCUGUCUUUCAUCAUUGGAGAAGAGUAUCCGAUGCUGGGAAAGAAUAUCCAUUUGCAAAAUUUAAUAAAAAAGUUCCUAUUCCUUCGUAUACCAAUGCCGAGUAUGUUCAGCAUCUGGUGUCUAGUGGAUGGACACGCUCCGAGACUGAUCAUUUGUUUGAUUUAUGUAAACGGUUUGAUCUCAGAUUUAUUAUUAUUAAAGAUCGUUGGGAUCGAACCAAGUUUCCAAACAGAUCUGUGGAAGAAUUAAAAGAAAGGUAUUAUCAAGUUUGUGCUUCCCUCACAAAGGCAAAGUCCCAUAGUGACAAAGUAUAUGUCUUUGAUGCCGAACAUGAGAAGAAGCGGAAAGAGCAACUGAAAAAAUUAUUUGAUCGCACACCUGAACAGGUUGAAGAGGAGCAAACAUUACUAGCUGAGUUACGAAAAAUAGAACAGCGAAAAAAGGAAAGAGAUCGGAAGACCCAAGAUUUGCAAAAAUUAAUAACUGCAGCCGAUCAUCAAGCAGAUCCAAGAAAAAGCGAGAGGAAAUCGUCGAAAAAAAGUAGUAGUUCCAAUAGGAAUAGGCCAAAUAAGACAGAUACUUCUCAUACCGUAGAGUCAGCUGGAAUAAAGUUUCCAGAUUUUAAGAAUAGCGGUGUUACUCUUCGAUCUCAGAGGAUAAAGUUACCAAGCAGUCUAGGACAGAAGAAAAUGAAAGGCAUCGAGCAAAUGCUGAAUGAAUUGCACGUUGAAUUAAAUCCUCCACCAACCGAACAAAUAUGUCAACAGUUCAAUGAACUGCGAAGUGAAAUAGUACUACAUUACGAACUCCGAGCUGCUUUAGCUACGUGCGAUUACGAGCUGCAGUCUUUGAGACAUCAGUACGAAGCUUUGGCACCUGGCAAGACUUUAACAAUCCCCCCAGCACUUUUGCCAAAGACAGAGCCAGAAGUGAAAGCAGACAUAAUCGAUGUAGUCGGGUCCCCUAGUAUGCCAGCUGUAACGCACUAAAUGGUAAUUAAUGGUCGUGACGUUACUUGCCAAUAACCAUGUAUUCUGAAUUACAUCGGCAUGAAUAAAUUUUGCAAUGGAACAUUUAAUAGCAUUAAAUUGUUAGCGACUAGUUACUAUAUUUUUUCUCAACGAUCCAUGUCGUAAAGUUUAUUCGUGCCAACGUAAUCGUGUACGUUACAAAAGAAAAAAUAGCUCGGUGAAUCGCAACAAACAAGGACGCAUCGUACAACGGUCUUUUUAAGGUAUAAAAAUAAUUGAACAGAACAGUAAUUUAAGCAGAAACUCGCUCGCAUCUUUCGUCAAUAUAGCAAUUUUUUAAUCAAA